AUCCGUUGCACGCGGGCAGUCGGGUACGGUUGCAGACAAACAUAACUGGCUAUUCUAUCUCAAGAAGCCAUCGUAUUUCGUUUUUACGAAGCGUUAAGUCCCCUAAUCAUUAACGGAUUGGGACAAAUCAAGUAAUGGACAGCCCUUCAAUCCAAAAUGGAAUUUUGUUUUCCAUUGCUCAAGCGAUCGGUGCACCCGAACAGGCCCUUAGAUUAUUGAUUUCAAUACUUAUAGGAUACCCGAUCGCACUCUUCAACUGCUUCUACCUCCGACACAAACCUGCCACUGUACAACAUGUUUUCUUUACUAUUGCUGGAAUCUCUGUUGGGUUCUUUAAUUUUGGAUGGGACAUUGGUCACUCAUUUGGAUGUGUACUUGUGCAGUACUUACUCAUCAAAAUCUUAUCGGGGACAAAGAUUUGUGUUGCCCUUUCUUUCACAUUUCACAUGGCCUAUCUUCUACUUGGAUACUACCAAACUGGAACUGAGACUUAUGAUAUAAAAUGGAGCAUGCCACACUGUGUGCUCACCUUACGUCUAAUUGGGCUUUGUUUGGAUUAUUACGACGGCCGUAAAAAACCUGAACAAUUGAAUGCUCAUCAGAAAAAAAUGGCUUUGGUACAGGCUCCUUCGUUUUUGGAGAUGUGCGGUCAUGUUUAUUUUCCCGGAGGCUUUCUCGUUGGACCUCAGUUCUCCAUGAGGCGCUACCUUGACUUUACCAAUAACAUUUAUGAAAAGGAAAGCGGUGACAUUAUGCAGUGCAUUCGACCUGGCCUAAUUCGCGCCGGUUUGGGCUUCUUCUAUUUGGCAUUAUACCAAGUAGCAAGCAACUUUAUUUCAGAAUCCGUAAUUACCAGUGAAAGCUUCUACGAACACACUUUCGUUAUACGUGUCGGCUUAGUUGGGCUGUGGGCUAAAAUCAGCCUUUACAAAUAUAUCUCUUGUUGGCUUCUAACGGAAGGUGUUUGCACUAUGAGUGGAUUGACUUACAACGGUAAAGAUGAAAAAGGCAAACACUUGUGGAAUGGAUGUGCUAAUGUCAAGCUGCGCGUUUUUGAGAACGCAACACGGUUUGGACAUUUGAUUCAGUCGUUCAACAUAAAUACCAACGCCUGGGUUGCCGAGUACGUUUACAAGCGUUUACGAUUUCUUGGUAAUCGUUCUUUAUCACAAGCCAUCGCACUUUUCUUCUUGGCUGCUUGGCACGGCCUGCAUCUUGGAUACUACGUCUGUUUCUUUAUGGAGCUCAUAGUCAUGCUCUUUGAAAAAGAUAUGGAAUUGCUAGUGGCUAAAAACCCUGCCAUCCAUAGAAUGUUUAAUAAUCCCACAUUGGCGCCCGUACGGUGGGUUGUAGGAAAACUAUAUGUGUUUUGCUUUAUGGGUUACUGCCUUGCACCGUUCACCUUCUUCUCCGACUUUUGGUCCAUUUAUGGAUCGCUCUACUACAUGGGAUUUGUAUUUUUCCUUGGCUGGCGAUUCAUCGCGCCACUCAUCUUGCCACGACUUAUUCCUCGAUCGCCACGAAGCGAAGUCACCAGUGAACUGAUCGUUGACGGGUCUGAACACCCAAAGAAGAAACAGUAGCAUACUAUGUAGCGAGUUUCUUCGUGCACCUGAUUCUUCUUUGAUUCGUUGUUUUGUUUUUCUUUAUGUUGUGUAGUAAUGUUAAUUGUAAUGUAAGAAAAAAAAAAGUUUAGUGUGUCUGAGGUAAAAGCAGUCUCAAUACAUACUCGCUUAGACUUGAAAA